UCAUUCACCAGUCUUGGAGUCACCCUUGAUCGUCGAGUCAGCACUGUGGCAGGAACAUGUGUAUAUACAUUUCGUGCCUGUGGGGGAUUGUACCACGCUCUUGAUGAUCUGUCGUUUGGUGAUAAUGGCCCUCGGCAUUUGCAGCUAUAUAUUUAUGAUACUGAUGAAAACUUGCUUCACAGAGUUAAGAGGUCUCCGAAUCUUAGGCUGGAUCUCAUACGGAAGAUUCUAACAAUACUAGAACAUAACCCUUAUGCUCAGGUUUUGAAGAGCCUUGGUGCUGUUCCGAAUCUGGAUGAAUAUAGGAUCUCACUAAACACAGAUAUCAACCUCGAUCAACGAAGGUACAAUGCGCCAACUACUUCUCAGGUUGCAGCAAUAUGGGUUGAAGGAAGCGACCCACAUAAAACCUUUGAUAGGAGUGUUGUCGUAUAUGGUAAAGGAGACGCUGGUAAAGGAGACCGUCCCCUGUAUAUUAGAGCAUACCAUGGGUGCUACGACCCUUUGUCAUAUCCACUGUUCUUCCCACGUGGGGAGAUCAGUUGGAAUCGUUGGAUGCCAUAUAUUGAGUUAGUCGAUGACACAAACCAAGUUUCAGUGGAUGAAUUUGCACAAUAGAACCCAGCCUAUGGUUUUCCUUUAGGUAUGAUGUUCAAAAUUGGUAUAUAUCAUAUUAUUUAAAUUAAAACUUAUGCAGUCAUCCAUCUUUCAGAUGAUAACGUGAUUAGAGAACAAGUUGGUCAUAAAGCACAGCAUGAAGAGCAACCCACUGAUUUACCUGAAGAUGAUAACAUGAUUAGAGAACAAGUUGGUCAUAACGCACAACAUGAAGACCCACCCACUGAUUUACUUGAUGGUGACGACGAUGAUAACCCGGAUGAGGAUUUUGGUGAUGAUGAGAUGAAUCCAACAAAAUCAAGGAAAUUUGUUAGCGCGAGAGAGUACUAUUGCUUCAAGCUGUGUGUCCGGAAGAAGCUUUUUAACAUCAUCUUGUUCGGGGGGCGCCUUUUCCAAUAGUGGGCUGUUGACAUGUACAUCAAGAUUGAGACAAUGAGGCUUGACUGGUAUUCAAAGCCAGCAAAUCAAAAGGUUAUACGCGCUGACCUGUACCAGGGUCUUGUUGACACCAUCGUUGCUGGCGAGUCACGCGGUGAUCAGAUUGGCAAGAGAAUCGUGCUUCCACGUACAUUUCCUGGUGGUGACAGUGACAUGCAGCGCAAGUUUCUGGAUGCGAUGGCAAUAGUUCAACAUUGGGGUAAACCGGAUUAUUUUGUCACGAUGACAUGCAAUCCCUACUGGGAGGAGAUAACGCAGGAAUUGUUGCCUGGACAGCUGCCACAAGACCGCCCAGACCUUGUGGCAAGAGUAUACAGAGCUAAGCAACGAAAUAUGAUGGACUUACUAACUAAGGGUAAGCAUUUCGGAGAAGUCGCAGCUUAUGUACAUGUCACAGAGUUUCAGAAGCGAGGUCUCCCGCAUGAGCAUAUACUUCUAAUCAUGGAAGCAAAAAGCAAGUUAAGGACCCCAGAUGACUAUGAUCGGGUGAUAUCUGCAGAGAUACCCGACAAAAAGAAAUAUCCUGUCCUCCAUGAUCUGGUAGUCAAACACAUGUUGCACGGCCCAUGUGGUGCACUCCAGAAAAGUUGCCCUUGCAUGAUAGAUGGACAAUGUCGAUUUCAUUACCCGCGAGAUUUCUGUGAUGCUACAUUACAAGGGAAAGACUCAUAUCCCAUCUAUAGAAGGAGGGACGACGGGGUUCGAGUAAGGAUCAGAGGAGCAGAUUUGGACAAUAGAUGGGUGGUCCCUUACAACCCCUUUCUGCUUAUGAAAUACAACUGUCACAUAAAUGUCAAAGCAUGCUCGAGCAUCAAGGCAGUCAAGUACUUAUUCAAGUACAUCUACAAAGGGCAUGAUAAGGCAUCAUUUGCAUUCGAGCAGGAUAUUAUCAAUGAUGGGGGAAUCAUUAAUGAAAUUCGUCAAUACAGGGAUGCACGCUAUAUAUCUCCUCCAGAAGCUAUUUACAGGAUUUUUGGGUUUAAAACGUUUGGUGUUAGUCCAUCUGUGUUACAGCUGCAACUUCAUUUGCCAAACAUGCACAUAGUCGCAUUUAAGGGUUAUGAAAAUCUGGAAGAUGUUGUCGCUCGCCCAACUUCUUCCAAAUCCAUGCUUACCGAGUACUUUGAGAUGAACAAGAAGUAUCCAGCAGCACGAAAAUGGCUGUACAGAGAGUUCCCAGAACAUUAUAGGUGGACUACCGCUAAUAAAAAAUCGCAAACGAGAAGAAGUAAGAGAUCACAGAUUGGAAGACUGGUGUAUGCACACCCUGCUGAAGGAGAGAGGUACUACUUGCGGGUGCUCCUAAGUCAUGUCCGAGGUGCCACUUCAUUUGAUGAUUUAAAAACAGUAAAUGGCAAGCCAUGCACUUCCUUCAGAGAGGCAUGUGAGCACUUAGGCCUCAUUGAGCAUGAUAGGACACUGGAUGAUUGCAUGACGGAGGCAGCAACAUUUCAAAUGCCUUCUGCUCUUAGACGGUUGUUUGCGACUAUACUGGCAUUCUGUGAGGCAACACAAAUCCGUCAAUUGUGGAACAAACAUCUACCAUCGAUGGCUGAAGAUUACCGUCGCACUGAGUCGAACGAGGCAACACUUGAGCAGAUGGUCCUUAGAGAUGUCAGGGAUCUGGUGCAAUCCAUGGGUAAGGAUAUUAAAAUGUAUGGACUUCCAGAUCUGGUUGACACAGAUGGUUCUUCUGACGCCGAGUAUAGAGAGGUAACAGAGGAGAGACAAGUUAGAGUUGACCAAGAGCAUCUAGAUCUAUUUAGCUGUUUGAACAGUGAACAACUGGAUGGUUUCAACGACAUAAUGGAUCAUGUGACGAACCAAAAAAGCCAGAUAUUUUUUGUUGAUGGUCCAGGAGGCACUAGGAAGACGUACCUGUACAAGGCAUUGCUUGCGAAGGUCCGUUCGAUGGGCCUAAUAGCGAUCGCAACUGCUACAUCAGGUAUAGCGGCGUCAAUAAUGGCUGGAGGCCGGACUGCCCACUCCAGGUUCAAAAUUCCAAUCAAGCUCACUGACAACAGCAUGUGUGGUUUCACAAAGCAGAGUGGUACGGCAGAGUUGCUUAAACAGGCGUCCUUGAUAAUUUGGGAUGAAGUUGCUAUGACAAAGCGUCAAGCAGUUGAGACUCUUGACAGAUCGCUACAAGAUAUAAUGGAAUGUCCUCUGCCGUUUGGUGGAAAGGUUGUUGUCUUUGGUGGGGAUUUCAGGUAGGUCCUCCCCGUUGUUACACGAGGGACAAGAGCACAGAUCACGGAUGCUACACUGUUGAGAUCCUAUCUGUGGGAUAAGAUCCGCAAGAUACGCCUAACGCGCAAUAUGCGGGCACAGGCGGACCCUUGGUUCUCCGAAUACCUCCUAAGGAUUGGCAAUGGAACGGAAGAAACUAUUGGUGACGACUAUGUGCGUCUCCCUGAAGACAUUGUGAUUGGUUAUACUGAGGACGAAGAACCUAUUAACAAGCUCAUCGAAGAUGUCUUCCCAUCCCUGCACACCAAUGCUAGGUCGAGGGAGUACAUGAGCAAACGUGCAAUUCUCUCGACCAAAAACGAGCAUGUGGAUGACCUGAAUGACAAGAUGAUCUCUAGGUUUCUGGGAGAAGAAAAGGUAUACCAUAGCUUUGACUCUAUCGAGGAUGACUUCUAGAAUAAUUACACGAUUGAUUUCCUGAACUCCAUCACACCAAAUGGCUUGCCCCCCCAUGUCUUGAGAGUAAAAAUCAACUGCCCAGUCAUUUUGCUACGGAACCUCGACCCUCAUAAUGGCUUGUGUAAUGGAACACGGCUUAUGAUCAGUGCCUUCCAGGAUAAUGCAAUUGAUGCGGAGAUUGUUGGUGGCCAGCAUGCUGGAAAGAGGGUGUUCAUACCUAGGAUCCCUAUGUCGCCAUCGGAGGACACCUCACUUCCCUUCAAGCUUAAGAGAAAACAAUUCCCCAUCUGCCUGAGUUUUGCGAUGACCAUUAACAAGGCACAGGGUCAAACCAUCCCAAAUGUCAGUAUUUACCUUCCCGAACCUGUUUUCUCACAUGGCCAGCUAUAUGUUGCAUUGUCAAGGGGUGUGUCAAGAAAGACGACACGAAUUUUAGCCAAGCCUAACAAGGAGGUUGAUAAAUCUGGGAAGCGCACCAAAAACAUUGUCUACAGAGAUGUUUUAGAGGGGUGAGGCAGGUACGAUCUUUCGUGUAUUCUUUGCACCUUUGCUUUUGUAUCUAUAUAACUAAUUCUCGACCUAACACUUUUCUUUCCUUUUAUUUU